UUCCUUCAACGUACCACCACUCAAACAGAUAAAAGAGGAGAUCCGAAAAGGGGAGAGAGAAAGAGGAGAGAGUAUUGAUUUUUGAAAGUUGAAGAUGGAUAGAAAUAAUGUAAAAGUUGAAAAUGGAGGCACAAAGGUAGAUAAGGAAGUGGGUUGGGGAAAAUAUUUACCCGUACCAAAUGUCCAAGAGAUGGUGAAGUAUGAUUCUGAGAGUGUUCCUGAAAGAUAUAUAAAAGAAUACCAAGGCAGGCCAAUAGAUUCCACCUUCUCUCCCGGUAUAUUGGACAAUAUUCCAGUCAUAAAUUUCUCCUUGCUUGUUAGUGGUGAUGGAGAUGAGCUACGCAAGCUAGAUUCUGCUUGCAAGGAGUGGGGUUUCUGCCAGCUGAUAAACCAUGGUGUGGAACUGGAAGUAGAGGUUUUAAACAAUAUGAAGGCUGCUGUGGCAGCAUUUUUUGAUCUCCCACUUGACGAGAAAAAGAAGUAUGCAAUGGCAGAGAAUGAUGUUCAAGGAUAUGGCCAAAGCAUAUGUGGUUUCCGAACAUCAAAAACUGGAUUGGUGUGACAUUUUACAUUCUUGAUAACUCAACCACCCGAACAUCGAAAUUUCAAGUACUGGACAAUCACACUACCAGGUUUCAAGUAUGUAGCCUGGUACAUCUUCGCAUCUAGGAAGUUUUCCAUGGAAGAACAUUCAUCUUUUUCUCUAACCCAACACAAUUGUUUUCUGUCUAUUAACACAGAGAGGCAGUCGAUGGAAGAACAUUCAUCUUUUUCUCUAACCCAACACAAUUGUUUUCUGUCUAUUAACACAGAGAGGCAGUCGAUGAAUACCCGAAACAAGUAGAGAAAGUGGCUGAGGAGAUCUUUGGAUGUCUUUCAGUGUUGAUAGGUUUGGAUAAACAUGGUUUGAAAAGGUUGCAAGGAGUGAUGAGACAAUCGAUGAGGUUUAACUAUUAUACGUGGUGAUCCAGGUCUGACCUUGUUCUUGAUCUCAGUCCACAUUCCGAUGGAAGAUCCAUAACCUUUCUUCUGCAGGAUGAUGAUGAUGAUAUGACUGGUCUUCAUAUUAAAUACAAAGAAAGAUGGGUCCCUGUAAAGCCAAUUCCAAACGCAUUCGCUGUCAACCUCGGUGAUUUUCUUUAAGGCUUGGAGCAUGGAGCACAGAGCUUUCACAAAUGCCAAAAAAGCAAGAAUUUCCAAUGCAACAGUUACUCUUCCAGAUGACGAGGUUGAAAUUGGACCAGUGGAAUCAAUGAUGGUCGAUCGACCAAGACUUUACAAAAAGGAUUACGUAAGAGUUUUUAGAGAAGAAAAUCGAUGGAAAAUCUCACACCAGCUUUCUCAAGUUAGAAAAGGAAUCUUGAAUCCUGUCUAGUGCUACCAUGUAAACUAUGGAAACAAAAGACAUUUACCAAUAAUAGUAUGUUGCAUCAUAUAAUUUCAUUAUUUUCUGCCUCCUAGAACCAAUCGUUGAUCAAUCAGAGAUUACAGGGUAGCGAAUACAAAAAUGGACAAUAGGCCAUUUUGAGCCCUCAUUUAUCAAGCUUGCCCGCAAGUUUCUUUGGCAAGAUAAAAUCCACUUCCCUAACAAUUCCCAGGCGUCACAUUCAAAAAAAACUGAUGGAAAAGCAUCUACAUAAAACAAUUAACAAGGAUGCAAACACCAAAUAACGACCUCCAAUGAAGUCACAACGAUUACUGAUUUCUUGGUUUCUAAGUAACAGAGUCCUUGAAAAUGCCAAUAGAGAAGCAUGAAUAUCAGUUGUAAGAUUUGUGCCAAUUGAGUACGAAAUGGAAAUUGGGCUCGAAGAACCAAUACCACAAGAUCAUGGUCGCCCACAAGAGAGGAACCGAGUAUUGUGGCGACCUAGAAUACACUUUGGAUAGAAGAAAUGGAAGGAAAAUCCCACAUACUGAAUUUCAUAACAUGUAGUGGGCAACCUAACUGAGGAACUUGGAACCGAUAUUAACAUGAAAUCUAUAGGAUGUGAAUGUAGGACUUUUUUAAGGAUGAACAGUGAAAACCAAGUUUCCUAAAGGAUGAAUGUUUUGGCUGACAAAAGCCAAAUACUAAUUUCAGGCGUAACAUGAGCAAGGGCCUAAACUCCUUGGUGGGUUUUCUCAUCUAGAUAACCAAGAAACUUGGCUGACUACCUCAGUCAGGAUAGCCAUAGAGAACCAUUUGUAGACCAGGAAAAUGAUUAAGGUAGAUCUUUGCCAGAGAGAUUUUGAAUCCUAGCCUCUAAUAAUAUUAACGUUAACUCACUUGGCAAUCGAACCCAUUACAGAUAAAAAGCAUACAAUAGAAGCUGGAAAAUAUAAGUUCAAUCUCUCUUGAUCUAUCUUACCUAAUCGUAAUAUAAACAGUAUCAAUCUACCUCAAGAUUACUUUGAUUCAAUAGGAGACUCAAAAGGAAAAACAAACAUAUGGAGAGAAUUGCGAACCAGGAGAAUAUAUACCAUUUGAACAAGCAACUUAAAUAUAAAAAAAGCUAAUUGCAGAAGAAAAAGAGUUUCUUAAAUUAGGAAAUAAAUAAAUCCCAUAAAGAAGAAAAAUUCUGGACUCUCCGCAACAAACAGGCUUUUCUCAACCUGGUAACAUUUUUUGUACAGUCACCUUCACAUAUUUCACUACCUCCUCCCUUUUUUUUACACCCUUAAAACUUGUACACUAAUAUUUUUUUAUCUCCUCUGCAAAGGCAUCAGGUGUGUUCACCAUCUGAGCCGCAACUAGCCUGACUCUAGGUAUAUCCUCAAACUAACAAUGUACAGUUUUAAGUACAACCAUCAAAUUUUAUUUUCAAUCAGCUUACAUCCAUCUGAAAAUGGAUGUAGCUUUUUUACUACACAUAAAGAAAGAAGGAAA